CCUCGUCUAUUUGCUCAUUCGCAGUUAACGUUAGAUGUAGCAGUCUGAGGCGAAAAGGAGCAGAAAAUAUCGUUGAAACAUAAGAUUCUAUUGCUUUACAAGGGAAUCUCAAUUCUCGAAGUUAUUUUCGCUGAACGUUAGAUUUAGCAGUCUGAGGCGAAAAGGAGCAGAAAAGAUCGUUGAAACAUAAGCAUGGUUUUCAAGUGAAUGUCGAUUCUCGAAGUUCUUUUCUGCAAAAUGAAGGUCAGAAGCCUGGUGUUUUACUUCAACUGUCUUGUUGCCGUAGCAGCAUCAAGCCACGAAUCCUACUGUCCAGCGUCCAUCCAUUCAGCAGGCGCGCGCAUAACUCAAGUUGACCUUGCCCUACAGAGCAAGCAUGUGAAAAAGCGUCUUCAGGGCCAAAGUCAGAUGUCAUGUAGUCAGCGGUGUCUGCAGCAAGACUGGUGUAUAUCGGUGAACUACGAAGUGUCUCGACCGGAAGGAGGGGCCUGCGAAUUGAACACAUACGGAGUCGAGAUGUUGGCCGACGCAAAUCCCAAAAACCCAGAGUUUAAAAGGAAAAAAGGAUGGAUAUACUCACAGUUAAGAUCCGCUCAGUUCACACUAAGCUUACAAGCCUGUAAAGAUGGUUCGUUUACUUGUUCAAAUGGAGGCACAUGUGAGAUUGACUGCAAAACUCUCGUCCCAAGAUGUCUUUGUCCGGAAGGCUUUUCUGGAGACAAGUGUGAAAAUCAUGAUAAUGAAUGUCAGAGCAGUCCAUGCAAGAACAGUGGGACGUGCAAGGACGAAGACAACGGGUACACGUGCGCAUGUGUACCUGGGUUUACAGGCAAAAACUGCGAGACAGUGACAUCUGGUGUUGGAUGCGUAUUGCACUUCACAACCAAAAGUACAUCCAACUAUAUCCAACUCGACCAGCCGUUUGGUUGGUUUGCUAUUUUUUCAGUAUCAGUGUGGCUGAAAAUGGAUGCAGAUGACGAUAUUGACCCCGCUGUGAUACUCUCUUACGCAACGGCCUCGAACGUGGAAGCACUAUCAAUCGGUAUUAAGAAGGAUGGUGUCGCGGAGAUCAAGUUUGCUGGAGCAGGAGCGUCACUCGCAUCGGGCUUUACCCGUGACAACACUUGGCAGCAUCUAGUGUUUUAUUAUAGAGAUGGCAAGUUCCAAGUUUACAAGAAUAAUGUCUUACAAGAGGAGAAAGUAGUUUCAGGUAUCUCUUCCUUACGCCCGGAUGGUAGUAUCUUAGUGAUUGGCCAACAUCAGGGAUCUGUAGGGGGAAACUUUGACUCUUCGAAGCUGUUCUACGGCUACAUGGCGAACCUAAAUAUCUGGGCAAAUGCACUAGGUGAUUGGCAUAGGGGCGAAGUGUACCAGCAAGGGUGUACAGGCUCAGUUGACGGCAACCCAUCCUUGUCAUGGGGGACAAUUACCGGUAAAACGCUAUUGGGCAACAUACAACCACAAUGCGCACUAACAUGCCCUUAAACGUCAAAACGGUUUGAUUGACAAUGCACUGUUCUCAAUACGAGAAAUGGGCGUUCAGGAUUUCCUCCUCUAGGAACCAAACAUUUGAUUAUCUGACGUCAAAUGACGAAAGACAGCUUGCCUAAGGCAAGUCCCUUUUAAAGUGCGAGUUCGUGUUUAAAGUUAUGCCUAGUGCACACCAGUGACAUAACAACAUAGGCGCGCGCACUCUUUUAAGCCCGACAUAACGAAAAAACAAGUUUUUUUUUAUGUCGUUAUUUUCAUGUCGUUAUGUUG